AUGGCUGUAGUUCAACAGACUUAUCCCGGCAGCGAACUCGAUGCCCUGUUCCCCUCCCCAUCGUUCCCGCCGGACGUACUUUCUCCUGCGCGGUAUCCUGGUGCUUCCCCAGAAGCAGUUGCAGCUUUGACAUAUGUUUUGAAGGAUAACUAUACGAAGCACCAUAUUUUCUCCAACUACCGGCAGUUCCAUAACCACAUCACUCAUCGCGCACUGGCACUUUAUGUCACGGGCGCGAAUGGAUCUCUGAUCGAACAGUUCUACAAAGAGGACAGCGCCCACCAGCGCCCAGCCAUCGAGCCUCCCGCGGCUAUCACCGAAGAUAACUUCACCGAACAUCUGGGUGACGACAACUUUUACGCCGCGUACAAAACUUUCUUCAGCGAGGUUAUCGGGGAAAGGGGCGUCAGCGCCACGUUAGAGGAAUACAUCUUCUCUAAGAAGUACAACUUUGUUGAGGGACGAGAUGCAUCUGCCCAGUCAGUGAUGUUGGCCCGCUUCCUUAGAGGUUUGUUCCACGCCUUCAUUCAUGUAGGAUACGGCGCAGAAUUUGGCAUCCCAGGCAUGGUUGUUGAAGGUCUUGCAUUGACCAGCGUGCAUGAGCAUGGGUUCUUACCGUCAUAUCUUUUUGAGCGUAGCGGCACGACUGCAGUGGAGGAGGCAACAACUCGGCUUGCCUCGCUCGUCCUUGACAGAAAGAUAUCUGUUGCGCCCUUUCAGCUCGAACAGCCCCCCAAAAAUCAUGCAUUCUCCAUUCUUGCCAAGAUCAUGCAAGAUUCGAAAUUCGCACCGAAGGAAAUCAAGAAGCACUUUAAAGAUUUUGAUUUUGACGGCCUGAUGUCCGAGCACGGUGAUACUAUAUGGCGCUAUGCUGAACAAUGGACGAUCGACCCGUCACAGCCAGGCGAAAUCCAACGCAAGAUGGAAGAAUGUAUUUGGACGAGCACUAUUCUCUACACUAUUGGCGGAUGGAGCAAAGACAGAGGCUUAACACCAGACUUUUCUUGUAAUAUGCAUCUUGUCACUUCAAGUCUCUUCCUUCCAUCCCUGUUGCCUUACCUGCCGCAAGACUCGCAAGUUCUUUUGCUUCGCGGAUACUUUGCAUCGACUCUUGGAUGGUGGAUCACGCGCGGCUUCCCUAGACUGGACAUUCAAGGCUUCCUCAGCGCAACCUCGCAUAUUUCGUCAGAGAUCAAGGUCGCUAACCCAUUCCUCGACAUCGUUCAGUCUGCGAUAACGCACCCAAAUAAUCAUCUGUUGAAGAUUCAGCGCGCGUUUGCGUAUUUCUCUUCACUUUAUGGGGCGCGGCCCAAGGGCUCCUUCGGAGGUACGGAACUGGAGGGCGCAGAAGCGCUGGAUGGAUCGCUCUUCCUUAGGGCCGCGAAAUUGACCGAGGAGUAUAUGAACGAGGGUACGAGGAGCUGGAGCCAAGAAGGAUUUCUCACAAUGGAUUAG